AAUACGACUUUCGUUUUCAGUCGUUUCAGUGCCUUGAUGAUUCGGUUUGAGACUUCAGUUAUCGUUUGACUCCGGUGAAAUGAGUUUGUGAGYGGUAAAUUUUUCAGUUCAGUCUCAUUAUGGCUGGAACCAACAAAUCUGGGACUAGACCACGCUCUGCAGACAUAGAGAGUGGAUAUGAAAGUGACCCGGACCUUUCUUACACUAUAAAAAGUUUAGAGAGACUGAGUCUUGAAGAUGAUGGAAAAAGAAACUGGCACGAAGAGAGUAUAAAUUACUUAGAUGAACACCAUAAAGAAUGGAAAGAUCUAAAAACGACAGUAAUGGUUCCACCYUGUUUACAGCUAGACCCAGUAAACAAAACAACCGGGCAAGAAACRGAGAAAAAAUUCUUUUACCUGCUAAAAGAGUUUGGGGAAAAGCACCAUGAACAAAUGUUUGUUGUUCACUCUUAUAGUUUUAGCGAACUCAUUGACAAGUUUGAUAAAGGUUAUGAAAACGAAACAAAGAAAGAAUGGGUAAAAGGAGAGCAUGACUUUGUGAUAAUUCAUCGUCAAUAUGGUGUUAUUUUUCUUGAGGUGAAAAGUAGGRAAAACACAAAGGGUGUGUAUACAGAAGGCUUACGUCAAAUUGAAAAGGGCAGGAAUGCAGCUGUGUCAUAUCUAAAGAAGAUACAUGGCAAAUCCAAAGGAGUCAAUAAAGCUUCCUAUGAUUGGCCCGGAUUUGUGGUGAUGCCUAACUGCGAGAAGACAAAACAACACAAUCCGUAUGAUAAUGUGGUCUACAAAGAGGACUGCUUCAGUCCAGAGUCUUUCAAAGAAUGGUGGGAUGACAAGAUUGCAAAUGCUUCAAAGGAAAUAAUUGAUUCAAGUGUCUAUGAAGAGCUUGUGAUAAGGUUUGUCCCCUUUUCCUGUUUAUUGCCAACCUUAAACCUGCAGAUUGACAAGACACACGAGAAUAUUGUUAAAAUAUUCACCCCCAGACAGUUGAAAGCCUGGUACGAUUCUUCUACAGUCCAGUGGUUUACUGGCCCCGCUGGAAGUGGAAAAACUGUGUUGGUAAUAGAGAAGGUGAAAGAGAUUGCGAGCAAAAUACAGGAAAGGRAGAAAAUGGAGAGAAUACUGGUGUUGUGUUUCAACCGUCCCCUCUCCAUUUAUCUGGAAAAUGAGAUCAAUGGUUGGUUUAAUGAAAAGUAUGRCACAGAGUCCCCAGUGACGAUUAAGACAUACGAUGCUUUCAUCAAGGAAGUAGGGGGUUUUGGUGUAGUUAAAGAGGAUGACUCAACAGAGUUUGUAAAAAGGAGAAAUGAAGUAGAAGCAACUGAUAAUCCUCCUGAUGAUAAGAAGUACGAGCACAUAUUUGUAGAUGAAGGGCAAGACCUUUCUGGAARCAAGUGGCCAAAAUUUCUUGAGAAGUUACACAAUAAACCCGACGAUAAAAGCAGAUACUAUUUUUGGGUCAUGUUUGACAGCAAUCAACAUGUGCAACUGAGUGAAACCCAAAACCUACCCUGGGAUUAUCUGAGUAAAGCUACGCAAUUAAAGUAUGUCUUCAGGAAUACAGAGAAGAUAUUUUCCUUGUCAAAAAAGUAUUAUGAAGACAUUUCCGAAGAUGGAGAAAUCCAGCUUGGACACAAAGAGAUAGGCUUGGACAUUCUUUGGGACCAGAACCUCGAACAGGACAGAUCAAACAGAGCAGAACUCGUGGUCAACCACAUACUAAWGUUGCAAGAUAAAAAGGUAAAAGCAAGAGACAUAGCAGUUUUAGAAAAGAAUAAGGACGCUGCCAUUUCUUUGAAUAAAGAACUCGGCUGCAAAUUACCCAAAAUACGCAGAUUAAACGCAGAGAAACGCUUGACUCCUGCUGCAAAAGAUGCUAUAGCUGUCGAUAGCAUAAGGAGAUUCAAGGGACUGGAAUCUAAAGUGGUGAUUUUAUGUGACCCCGAGUGCUAUCCCCGAGGUGAGAUGGAGAGAACACGCCAGCUCUUAUACACUGCAGUAUCGCGUUGUUUCUGUUAUUUGAUUAUAGUGUCAACACCUGAUGGCUGCGAAAGAAUCGAAAAUGUUUCAACACRCAUUCCACCUGACUCUGCUGGGUUCAGCUCACACAAAGACAAAAGGAAAAAUGAAACCCCUGUCGAACAGGUGUAUGCCAGCAUGGAAAAGAAACACAAGCAAGAAGAAAGACAUUCCACCUUUGACCGAUUUGGGAAGAGAUCACGUGAAAAUCAUUACGAAAGUGGGCCAACUGUUUGGAAACAGUGGUAAAAAGCAAAACUGAGAGGUGAAUCAGUUCAAUGGUCUUGUAACCUGAAAAGGACUGACGUAGAAAAUCAGGAUACAAGGCAUGAGAUUGGAGUGAAGCUUGCCAUCUUAUAUAUAUGAACUGCGUCGAACACUGGCAAAAUUUUAACUUUAAAUUUCUUUAGAUUGUUUGCGUGAACUAAUUCGAAUGAGAUUAGAAGCCAUUUUUAGCUAAAGAAUUAAUUAUUAAGUUGAAUAUACAUUUUGCAUGAAUGAUAAUAUUUUUUUUGUAUUCUAAUAACCAACAAACGACAAGUUUUUGUUAUUUUAUCGUUAUAAUAGUUGUACUUCUUGUAGAGUGUGAAAUUAUUUGAUAAAAACUGGUAGUUUAUAUAUUUUAUCAGUUUCAUCAGUCAUUAAAUGGAGAGCGGCACAUGCAUUAUGCACGUCCUGCUUUUUCUGCUAAAGAAAA